CACUGGUUCGCCAAAUACCAAGUCCGGAUAGCUUCCUUUUCCAGCCUUGGUCUUCAUUCGUCAGUGCGGCUGAAUUGCGUCUUGUUGACGACUUGGAGAACUGCCACGGAGAGCUUUGUGGUGAAGUAGUGAAGCUCGGCGAAGAAGGGAUGCUCCACCGACUUCUGUUUCCCUCACUGCAGGACUUUCAUCUCGUUGUCUGCCAUGUCUGCAAUCAGGUGGUCACUCCUCAGGGCAUCCUCGCACACUACGUUGGGGUUUAGUUUCCCAGUGAAACAGAGCAAGAAUCCUGGACCACAACCCCCCUCCAUCCCCUCCCCACUUUGCUCCCACAAAGACAUGCAUAGCAAGAACCAGAGGCGCCACGGCUCUCCCGUGCCUUCCAGGAGCCCGCUGGUCCUCAUGAAGGCCAAGGCGCCAGCAGCGGCCCCAGCCGUGGCAAGCGGCCCCACGGACGCCCUGGCCUUUCGGAUCCCUAAAGACUACCCUCACUCCCGGUUCAGCAAGGCGCCACUGGCUGUGUAUCCUCCUAAGGGGGCACGGAACAAGACAUGUGUAUCCCUUCCAGUGGUCAGCUUGGAGAAGAUGCCCUGCCUCAGCCGAACCGACUCACAAGUCCGCCUUACCACCUCUCCUUCCUCCUCUUUGUCCCCUCUCAAACACCCUCCGCUCACUUCCCCAGCCGCCCAUCGUUCCUGCGACAAACUAAUGAACGGCCCGCGCUCCUCCGUAUCACCGUCCUCCCUGGAUGGGCGGCCCGGCCCGGCGUGCUCUCCUCUGAACAGACGGCCGUCACAGUCACCUUCCCCCUCGCCGCUGGACAGGAAACCCUCCCCCGCUCCUUCGCCAUCUCAGCGGCCGGCCUCCUUACUGUCAUCACCUAUGGAGAAGAAGAACCAAAAUGGAGUCAAGGCUUCCUCCCGGUCGCAUAAGAGACUCUCAGGGAGAGUAUUUGACCCCAACAAGCACUGUGGCGUCCAGGACCCUGAGACCAAACAGCUGUGCACACGCUCCCUCACCUGCAAGACUCACUCCUUAACCCACCGCCGAGCCGUGCCGGGUCGAAGGAAACAUUUCGACAUCCUCCUGGCCGAGCACAGGGGCAGGACCAAGGAGAAGGAGGGGGCAAAGGAGAAAGACAAGGAAGGGAAGGACAUCUGCAGCCCGAGUGCAGAGUCGCAAGAGGCUGCGUGUCCUCGGAAGCCUCACUGCCCAAAUGGACGACCCCUAUCCACUCUGAAACUAAGGCUGGCAAACGCACACAUUCCUAGGGUUCCAGGCAUCUCCGCCUCUACUCCUCAGCCUCAGACACCGGCACCCCUGCCUGCCCCUGCCUCCAAUCCGGACCCCCCGCCCCACCCUUGGACGGCAACGGCAGGUGGAGACUGCGGUCGGCUCUCCAGCGACGAGGCAGAGGCAGAGACUCCGGAGGAUGCUGACAAACCGCCUGCCUUUCACUUCUCUAAUGUCCACCCUCAGCCUUCAGGGUUCUGCAUAUUCAGCAGCAGGCUCAUGGGACGAGGCCACUAUGUGUUUGAUAGGCGAUGGGACAGGAUGAGGCUGGCGCUCCAGAACAUGGUGGAGAAACACCUCAAUGCACAAAUGUGGAGAAAGGUUCCACUUGCAGCCGAGAGCCUCCCCUCCCACUCCCCCUCUGAUGCCUCCUCUGGCGCUUCACAGCAGGCUCACCCUCCCUCGCCAACACCCGACGCUUGUCCUUUUUUAACGUCCUCGUCCGGUUCCGUCUCCUGCAGUAUUUCUCAACCCGCACCUGCAGGCUUUACCUUUAGAGAUGCUCACGUUUCCACGCUGGGAGUGUCCCGACACGGCACGCACAAGGCCGGUCGCCUACCCAAAGAGAGAGAGGACUCUAUAGCGGGGACUGACAUAAGAAAAAACUCUUCCUGCUCCUUUCCAACCGUGGACACUCACAAGAGGAAUGGAAGCAGCUAUCAUCCGACACUGCAAAAGUCAGGGGGGCCUGCUGCCACCCUGGCAAGGAAGAAGGGACAUGGUCCUGAGGGAAACGGACUUUGGAGCUACAGUGACCAUUGGUUAACAAGAACGGAGGGGUCCCACAGCCGUAACAGUCGCGACCUCGCCAACAGCAGAAAGUCCUAUCUGUCCAGCAGGGAGCCAUGUCCCGCCUCCAGCCGACCUCCUUCCUCCUCCGGACCUCUGACGUAUGGGCGCAAAGCAGAGGGGAGGAAGAGGACGAGCACCAGCUCGAACGACGGGAAGGCCGGCAACAAGCUGAGCCGGCUGGACGGCUUCUUUGGGAAUGGGAGCGACACGGAAUCCCAAAGACAGGCCAAGUUGCAUCACUGACGCCUGUUGCGUAGAUUGUCAGAGCAGCUGUACGCCAUGCCUGCCGUAUGUGACCUUUGACCUCACCACUUUCCACCCACCUACUGACUGCGUCGUCUGGGAAAUGUCCCCCCCCCCCGUUUAUUCUCC